AUGCCCCUCCCUUCUCGCCUCUUUCCCAUCACAAAAGUUGUAUUCGACGCCAUCAAUCUAGCUGGAACCAAAGGUAUCAUUGUCGGAGGUGCAGCCGCUCAUAUGUUCGGGAGUAAGCGUGUCACUACUAGGGAUGUCGACAUUAAUGUCUUAUCCUUCCCCGAAUUCCCCGAGGAUCCCAUGAUUAAAGCCCGUUUUCCUUUCGACGAUGAUAAUUCAAUAAUGAAAAUCACCUACUUGGAUUCAAAGGAGGCCGUCAAGGCCGACGUUGCCACCCGACGAGCACAACAUAUCCCCUUGCUUUUGAAAUAUUCCCUGACGGACCCAAAAACAAACUUCACGUACGCCAACUAUCAACUCCUCCUUGCCGACAAAAUUAGAACUUUGGCUGAGCGUGGAGAAAAGAAAGACAAAAAGCGAGAGACAGAUCUUGCCGACAUCAAAUUCUGCAUUGAAGAGAUGUUUAUGAGAGACGAAAAAUGCCUGAGGACCUCAAAUUCUUGUACUCUGCGGAGGAUUGGGGUAAAGUCCUGA